CCUCCCAUUUCAUCUUCAAAGGACUUGAGCAGUGAGAUAAUGCCUGCAUAGAGCGCGAGAGUUCUGUGAGUUUGGAGGAGCAUAAGGUCAUCUCCAAAACUACUUUCUUUCACCGGCGACCUAUGGCUUCAGCCACCGGCACGGCCAUCCGAAUCCUAGCCUCGUCGCCGACCCCUGCCAACAGAAGGCUUAACUCCCACAAGCCGGUUUCGGUAGUGAACCCACAUUCAAUCGGCCUCAAUUCGCUUCCACCUCCGCUUCAGGUCUCCUCGCCCGUUCGCCAUCCUCAAGACCGCGAGUUGUUGAAACCUGUCUUUUACAGUCACAAAAGUACACGGAAUACUGUAGUCAUGGCUACAGGAGAAAGGCCAGCUGAAGUUGCUACUGAACUUCCUGAAAUUGUUACUACCAUUCAAGAAGCGUGGGAUAGACUUGACGAUAAAUAUGCUGUGGCUUCACUUGCGUUUGCCACCGUAAUUGCUCUUUAUGGCUCCAUUGGACUGAUUUCGGCGAUUGACAGGCUUCCUCUGCUUCCUGGUCUGUUUGAACUAAUUGGAAUCGGUUACACUGGGUGGUUUGCGUACCGGUACCUGGUUUUCAAGCCUGAUAGGGAAGCUUUGAUUGCAAAAGUCAAGAGCAUCUAUGGCGAUGUUAUUGGAAGCGGCUAAAGUUGAUUUCAGGCUAUGAAAUCAACUUUUAAAAGUUUAGAGCCUGCUUAAAAGAGGUUUACUCUUCUUGUAUUUGGUUAAUGAUCUGUUUUAAAAGUUGGAAAUUUGUAACCAUCGUAUUCUUGCAGAAAUGCAUUUCUUCUGAGAGCAUGAGCUUCUCAUCUUCUUCGCUUUGCAUCCAUAUUUCUAUUUGCCAGAUAUUUUGUUGGUAAAAUAUUAUGGAAAUCAUUGUUAGUA